CUCCUCGCGCACACUCCUUCCACACACUCCUCUUCCCGCACACUCCUCCGGCACGCUAUUCCCCCCACACUCCCGCACACUCCUUCCACACACUCCUCUUCCCGCACACUCCUCCCACACACUAUUCCCCCCACACUCCCACACACUCCUCCCGCACACUCCUCCCGCACGCUAUCCCCCCCACACUCCCGCACACUCCUUCCACACACUCCUCCCUCACACUCCUCCGACACACUCCUUCCACACACUCCUCUUCCCGCACACUCCUCUUCCCGCACACCCUUCCCCCGCACUCCUCCGGCACACUCCCCGCGCCCAGUCCGGCCCAGUCGCACGCCGCCGUCCGGAGGGUCCCGCUGGGCCCGGGCCCGGCCAUGGGGCCACCGGCUCACCCGACCCCCGGGGUCGUCGCCCUCUUCUGCCUCUGGACCCUUUGGGCAGCAGCCUCGGGAUUUCCUCAGCUAAGGCCUCAUUCCUUGGAUGAUUUGGAUAUGGCCAAACUUGAGAAAACCCAGGAAAUGUUUAAAAGGAUGGCCCUUGGGGAUCCUUUAAUGAGCCUUGCCGCUAAGCUCUCAGAGCGAAGAAUGCAAAGAUUCCUCCAUCAAGACCCCCAGAUUGCUCCAGUGGAGUUUUUAAAGAAGGAUAGCCCUGGUUCCACGGGACAAUCUUUUUUCCUUUUCAGGCCUAGAAAUGGAAGAAACAUUGAAGGUGGCCACUAGGACUCCCAAAAGAAUUCAAUGGAAAAUGAAGCCUCAGGCUGAAGGAUUAGCUCAGUGUCUUUAUUCCAAACUGCGGUUGGGCUUCAUAUUGGUUUGAUCUAAAUGACGACACUGGAAUAGACUUGAGUAUGCAAUUCUGUAUCAAAUAAACUUGCAACCAUUAAUAUU